AUUCGAACAUCUCUAUAUCUUUAUAAAACAGACCAAAAUGUGCAUUUAAUCUGCAAUUAUAACUUGAAGCUCUAAGCUCUUUAUUUAAUAACAUGGAGUCGGGUAUCCCCAACCAAAGAGGAGAAGCACAGUUAUCAGUCAUCAAGGCGUGGAAGGAACAAAAGAUAACAAAGGUCAUCAACAAGACUCAGAAGAAGCUACUUGAGAUUUCAGGAUGGGAGAAAAAGAAAACAACAAAGAUCGAGUCUGAACUCAAUAAGAUACAGCGGAAGAUGGACAUGAAGAAAAUGGAGAAAGCAGAGAAACUAAGGAGCAAGAAAGCAGCAGUUCAUGCAAAAGCACAAGAUAAAAAGGAAAAGGUUCAAACCAGGCGCGCUCAAGAGAUUCUCGAUGCAGAAGAAGAAGCUUCUAGGUUUCAAGCCAUGGGACAGGUUCCCAACAAGUCAUCUUUCAGCUGCUUCUGAUAUCAGCGGUAACCCGUGUUACAGAUUAUCACAUAUAUCCUCUCUCCUAUGUAUAUGAUCCAUUAUCUUUUGUAUGUGUGUUUUUGCUUGUGUUGGUCAUGGACCAAGAGUGCCAUAAUCAUUGUUCACAAAUCAAAACCCUGAACUAAUCAACCUUAUUGAAAACAUGGAUCAUACAAGAAUACAAUCUGCAACCUAGGUGAAUAGAUAAAGAAAAUUAUCAUCUUAGGGUCUCAAAGACUUAUUAUUGAAGUUGGAAAGCUGAAAACUGGACAUGAAG